GUUACUGCCGGCCGCGGCCCGGUCGCCUCAUUCCCUGCACCCCAGAGUCCAGCUUCGUCACCCCAACGAGGGGGGGGAGGGCCUUCUCUCUGGCCUCGGGAAUCCUCUCAGCAUCCUCACAACAAAGCCCUCUCGUCUCGGCCCGGUCACCGGGGAGGGGAGGGGGACCAUGUCCCAGCGGGUGAGGCGCAAUGGGUCCCCCACGCCGACCGGCGCCCUCGGAUGUAGUGCGGUCGCCACAGCCGGAGGACCCGGGAGCCGCCUGCAGCCCAUGAGGGCCACGGUUCCGUUCCAGCUGAAGCAGCAGCAGCAACAUGGCAGCCCCACGCGGAGCAACGGCGGCGGCGGUGACAAAACACGACCACCUUCCUCAAGCCCUUCCAGUAUUAUUCGUCGUACUUCUUCCUUGGAUACACUUGCAGCUCCGUACCUUGCUGGGCACUGGCCUCGUGACAGUCAUGGGCAAGCUGCACCUUGCAUGAGGGACAAAGCUACACAGACAGAGAGUGCAUGGGCUGAAGAAUACUUGGAAAAGAAAAAAGGCUCUCACAAGCGCUCAGCAUCCUGGGGCAGUACAGAUCAACUUAAAGAGAUUGCAAAAUUACGCCAGCAGUUGCAGAGAAGUAAGCACAGCAGUCGUCAUCAUCGAGAUAAAGAAAGACAGUCUCCAUUCCAUGGCAACCAUUCAGCUAUUAACCAGUGUCAGCCACAAGAUAUUCCAGAUGGCCAUCGUGCACCUCCCCCCCUUGCACAGAGAAGUAGCAGCACACGAAGCAUUGACACACAGACCCCUGGUGGGGCAGACAGGGGAAGCAACAAUAGCAGCCGCUCUCAGUCUGUGUCCCCCACAUCCUUCCUCACCAUCUCCAAUGAAGGCAGCGAGGAGAGUCCUUGUUCAGCUGAUGACCUGCUUGUUGAUCCCAGGGAUAAAGAGAAUGGGAACAAUUCUCCUUUGCCCAAAUACGCAACCUCACCAAAACCUAACAACAGUUACAUGUUCAAAAGGGAACCUCCUGAGGGCUGUGAAAGAGUCAAAGUCUUUGAGGAAUGCUCGCCAAAACAACUUCAUGAAAUCCCAGCAUUUUACUGUCCUGACAAAAACAAGGUGAAUUUCAUUCCUAAAAGUGGCUCUGCUUUCUGCCUGGUCAGUAUCCUCAAGCCACUCCUUCCUACACCAGAUCUUACCCUCAAAGGCUCUGGCCACAGCCUGACAGUCACCACUGGCAUGACAAGCACUCUGCUUCAGCCCAUUGCUGUGGCCUCCUUGUCUACAAACACAGAACAAGACCGGGUCUCUCGAGGAACCAGUACAGUUCUGCCAUCAGCCUCCCUACUUCCACCACCAGAACCAAUUGAGGAAGCUGAAGGAUAGGUCCCAGUGCUAUGUGACCAUGUUCUGGGAAACUAGGACGUCCUCACAUCACUUGACUAUGCUGACAUCGUGUGCUCCCUGUUGGCUGUGAUGUGCUCUAGCUAUCCAGUGACGUGUGACAGCGAGGCUUCUGGAAGAAAGCAGUCCUUCUGACUGCUCUGCCCCAUUCAUGAAGGCCAACCAUCAGUGCUUUGCCUGCUUUGCUAAAAGCACUGAUGGAAAUAAGGUCUCAUUCUUUACUUUUUGGAGGGACAAUACCACAUUUCUUUUUUGUUUUCAAAUUAGACUUAAAGACAAAAGACACACAUACACAAAACCUGAUCCCUACAAACAUAAUUCAUGAAGGGAGAUGUGAAUGAUGCUGCAAGAACCAUCUUUUAUAUGAAAACUAUUUUAUAAUACCAAUGUAACAUUUUCUGAAGCGUAGCAAACAGGAUGUUCAAAAGAUUCUUUGGUGGCCUCUGUUUCUUGUUUCCCUUUCUAAAAAGUUGUGUGCUUUUUUUGCUGUUUUCAGCUUUGGGACCAAAGGGAUUGUUGACAUUUUCCCAGCAAUGUUAAUCUCAUGACUAAGUUCUUCUCCCAAAUAAGAAUUGAUAGGUAAAUAUGUUAAACAGUAUAUAUAAAAGAGAUAAAAAGCAAUAUUUGUACUACAUUAUGUGAUUUAUGUUUUUUGAUGUUGUUUGUGCUUUGGGUGAAAUAUUUGUAAAACUGCUGUUUUCUUCACUAUUCCUGUACACAUUUUACCAUGUGAUCAGAAAAGUUAGUCUGAAGACAAGUGCUUUAAUAUGUUCACCCAUAUUGGAACUUGGUUUAAAAGUCAGUAAGCCAAAAGGAAACUAUCCAGUGUUGAUUGCUAGCUAGGAGUGAGGAACCCUUUGGUUUUCUGUGAAAUGUCUAUACAUGAUCGCCCACCUUUGCCAGGUGUCAUUCUACCUUUAAUCAUCACUGUAUCAUAGCCCCAAGAGACCCUAAAAUGGCUGUGCAUGGAUUUCCUCCUUUGCUUUUGUGAUGUUGUUGUCUUGUGGAUUUGGUCAGGGUUAGUAGUUUGCCAGGAGUGUAAUCCAUUGAAUAGCGAUCUGUAGCCACAGAAUCUUGAGAUUGACUUUUCUUUACAGUGUUGGCACUGAGAUUUGUUGUCUACAGAUUUUUCUAAGUUGUUCUCCAAUAUUCCAGUGGGGGGAAAAACAGAUAAGAGCUUUGGAUCAUAAACAACAGGUACCUUUGAACAAUCCAAACAAUUUUGUAUUUGGGCUCAUUCUAAUACAAACCACUGCCAAUAAUACAUGACACUAUUUCAUUUCUAGGUAUGUGGUAAUGAAAUUAAGGAGCAACUCUUUUUAGAAGAACUUUAGCAAAGUGUUGAUAAAAGGCAUCCUUUUAAUAUCUUCAUACGAUGCAAUGAGUUGAUGUUUUCAUAUGUAUAAUAGGUAGAAAAAAUAUUUUUAAGUCCUUGUAAAAGGGUUACCAUUUUGGAGGCUAAUUUUGUCCUCUUGUCUAGACGUAUUCCAUCAAGAAAAAUCUAAGCAUAGUCAUAAAUCAGCUGAAAACUCUUAUUUAUACUGAUAUGACAUCUAAGCAAUUUAUAAUGCACCUUAUUCAGUUUAAAGUGAAGGUGUAUUUUAGUUCAAUCAGAUACAAUUAAAUAUCUUAAUGAAGGUGUAAGGUUUCAGUUGGUAGGACUUGUGGGUUUUUGGUACUUUUUCCACCUAAAACCUAGUUAUUGGGAACUAUUAAGUUACAGUUUGCAUAUCAAUCAAAGCUCAGUUAUGCAGCAUCUGAAGUUUCUGAUUUUUCUUUUAAAUUACUUUAACUCUUUGCCUUCUUUGUUAGGCCUUUUGACUUUACUAUUUCACAAGUGAGUAUGUGCUCUAUACAAGAGAAAGGUACAAGAGAAAGGUAAAAAUGAAAUUGGGUUAGCUAAUAGGAAUGGGCAGGAGAAGGUAGUUAAAAACAAGAUUUUGCUCAGCUUUUGUUUAAACUCAGGGGUUUUUUUUUUUCCUUUUAAAUUUAAAUUCUACUAAAUCUUUUUUUCAUUCUCUUAUGCUUCGUCACCUUUAUGGUCUCCAUCCCCAACUCAGUCACAAGGGUAUUUCAAAAUUAGAAUAUUAGUGUGCAACAAUUGCUCUUUGUUGUGCACCUUUAUCAAAUUCAUACCUUUGUGCAGGUUUUCAUAAAUCUUUAAUCUAAAAGCAAUUAAAAAUCAGAUGAAAGAACAAGUUUCAGAUUUAUUAUUUUUAGUCUUAUAUAUAGAAGUUUGGUGGUAGGGAGAAUGUGAAAUCAACUGUAUGGCAACCAAACACAUUUCUUGGAUUUGGGAGAACUAGAGCUUGAGAUGUGAAGUCAAAGGUCCAUGGUACAAAACAACUCUUAUGUGUCAGUGCCAAAGGGCUAACUUUUAAGCAUAUAAGCUUUAUCACAGUUUUUAAGGAAUAUUAACUUUAGGCCCAUCUAGGUGUCCCAUUUAACCCUUUGUUUCCAGAUGGCAGAUUUUUUUCAAAAAUGAGUAUUCACAAUAGAAUACAUAAUACUGUAUUCUAAAAUCACACUCCAUAAUUAUUGUGUCACUGUACAGAAGGUAAAUAGAAUAGCUUCAAUGGGAAUAUAACUAAAUUCUCCCACAGUGCUGGGGGACUGAAGUCAGAGCCCCAUGCAUGCCAGGCAGCCUUCUACCAUGGGCCUACAUUCCCAAGUUCCUAAUUUAAAUGUAUUUAAUUUUAAAAAAUCCAUUUAAGUAAAAGAAAAAUGGAUGGCAUGUAUCUUUUGGCAAAAGGAACUAUUUCCGUUACUUUUUGUCAAUUUAACCUUAAACAGUUUAUUCCUUGUAAUAAUAAACUGAUAAAUUGACUGUUACUGUUCAUGACUAUGUCUAUUACUCUGUUGCUUAUCUGGUUUUUGUAACCAUUUAUAUUCUAAAAGUACUAGUAUUGCCUCUUUGGUUAAAUAUGAUGUGUGUGAUGUCAAAUUUUUAGUUUUGAACACAGUUCUUCAUUUUGUUUAUAAUGUUUCUUACACUUUUAACCAAAUCAAUCUUAGAAGGUGCUAUUGCAUACUGGGGAAUAUCUGGCAACAGUGAAAGACUUUUUUCUUUAAAAAAUUGUUGGCAUUCAUUAGAAGAAGCUAUCAAAAAUGGCAGAAUUUAUUGCAACUUUUAUGUCCAAGGUUAGGACUGGUUGUCAGGAUUUUCUCUUAAAAUAAGGAAAAAUUGCUACUACUAAAUCUAUUGUUCUAAACUUCAAAUUCAUUCCCUAAAGCUUAGAUUUUUUGUUACCUUCUAACUGGAUCAGUGGAAGUCCUGAACUUGCAAAAUAAAGAUGAGAAUAUUUAAAUCUGCACUUUAAGGUUUUUUUACUCUGCCCAAAUUAGUGAUAAGCAGAGUAACCCUGAACAAUAUUUUGUUUAUACAGUCCUGUUGAGUAUAAUUUAUGUUUUUUAAACUCUGCAUCUUUUAUCUCUGUUGAAGCUCUGUAAAUCUUUUUAAAAUGCAAUUUUUAAACUUGUUUUCUAACAAAAUUCUACCCCAAAAGCAGCAUUUCCAGUGGUAAUAGAUAUUGUAACUAUGUUCUUAUGUAUUCCUUGUACCUGAACACUUGUUGCUGCCUCACAAGAAAAGAGAACUUUUAUGUUAAAAAUAAAGUCUGUUCUUAAGAGUU